CUGAACAUACUCGACACGACAAACGUCAAAAACACAAACGUUUUGUUUUGCUUUUUUGUGUGCGGCUUUUUUUCUGGAGUAAAAUUAUAUAUUUUAUCGUGCAAAUAAUUUCAAAUUGUAUUAAAAGCAAAGAAUAGUGUUUUUAUAAAAUUACACUACACAAAUUGAAAAACUAAAGUUUAUUAACGUUUGAUAAGAAAUAUAUUUUGAGGCUGCAAAAAUGUCAAAAAGUAGUUCAGGAAGAGAUCGUGAUCGUGAAAGGGAACGUGACAGAGAUCGGGACUAUGAGAGGGAGCGGGACUAUGAAAGAGAGCGUGAUAGGGAUCGCGAUAGAGAAAGGAAACGACGUUAUUCCAGAAGUAGGUCUCGAUCGCCAAAGGAUAAUAGGUUUGCGCGUAAUGGUAAUGGAAAUAGCCGAAUGCGAGAUGAUAGGAAACGUGAUCGAAAUGAACGGGACCCAAGGGACAUGGAUCGCAACAGGAGGGAUGAUAAGCGCAGAAGGCAAUCACCAUCAAAAUCAAAAGAUUAUGAACGUGAGAAAUUUCGUCAAGCAGAACGCGACAGAGAACGGGAACGUGAAAAGGAACGGGAAAGGGAUCGUGAGCGAGAACGUCAAAGGGAUAGAGAAAGAGAACGUGAGCGUGAACGCGAAAGAGAAGCUGAAUAUGCUAGGAAUACAACAUCUACACCACCAAUAUUAAUCAAAGCAGAUUCCAGUAGCUCUGAAUCUGAGGAAGAGGAGCUCGAUAAAGAAGAAGAACAACGGCGUUUAGAACUUGAAAUGAUAAAACGUCGUGAACGUAUAGAACGUUGGCGUGCCGAACGCAAGCUCCGAGAAUUAGAAGCAAAUAAAAAAGAAUUAAAAUCAUUGCUACCUCCUCCGACAACUACGGCUACGGCUAAAAAAUGGAGUCUUGAAGACGAAUCGGAAGAGGAGGACAACAGUUUUGCAGUUGACAUAAAGAAAGAACCGGAUUCACCACCAUCUAAAUUCCAUCGUAUCAAAAAACCCAAAGAUGACGAAGAUGACGAAAAAGUGUAUAGAUUAAAAUCGAAGAGUAUAGUAAUUGCUGCCAAAGCUAAAAUCGAAGCUCUUAGAGAAGAGGAGGAGGCUAAAGAAGAGAAACAAAAACUUCAAAUUCAGCUACAGCAGCAAAAGAUCCAACAGCAGCAGUUAGAGCAGAAGAAACUACAGGAAAAGCUGGAAAUGGAUCAGCUGGAGCAAAAAUCCAAAACGGCAGAUAAUACAGGCAAUAAUGAGGCGACUGAGGAAGACGAUGAAAUCGAUCCAUUGGAUGCAUAUAUGAAAGAAGUCGACAAAGAAGUACGCAACGUUAAUCAUAUUAUUACUCAACCCAAGAAAAAUCAACAGGGUGUCGUUAUUCUCACUGGUGUGGCUAAGAAAACCACAAAAGAUAAAAAUAAAGGAGAACUUAUUGAACAAAACAUGGACAGUCUAGAGUAUUCUAGCGAAGAAGAAUUAGAAGAUAUAAAGGAUACAGCAGCGAGUUUAGCAAAUAAACAUCGCAAGGAAUUGGCUAAAAUUGAUCAUUCCGGCGUUGAUUACGCCCCAUUUCGUAAAAAUUUCUAUGUGGAAGUUCCGGAGCUUGCGCGCAUGACGCAGCAAGAAGUUGAAAAAUAUCGUACUGAAUUGGAGGGAAUACAAGUUAAGGGCAAAGGGUGUCCAAAGCCAAUUAAGACAUGGGCUCAGUGUGGUGUUAGCAAAAAGGAAAUGGAUAUUCUACGUAAAUUAAGUUUUGAAAAACCAACUCCCAUACAAUGUCAAGCGAUUCCGGCUAUUAUGUCUGGACGUGAUCUUAUAGGUAUUGCUAAAACAGGCAGUGGCAAAACGCUAGCAUUCAUUUUACCAAUGUUUAGGCACAUUUUGGAUCAACCUCCAUUAGAAGACGGUGAUGGUCCAAUUUCGAUUAUUAUGGCUCCUACCCGUGAACUAUGCAUGCAAAUUGGCAAAGAUAUUAGGAAAUUUGCUAAAAGUCUAAAUCUACGAGCAGUAUGUGUCUAUGGUGGCACUGGUAUCUCGGAACAAAUAGCUGAACUGAAAAGAGGCGCCGAAAUAAUUGUAUGCACUCCGGGACGUAUGAUAGACAUGUUGGCUGCCAACUCGGGACGUGUAACUAAUUUGAGACGUGUCACGUAUAUAGUAUUGGAUGAGGCAGACCGUAUGUUCGAUAUGGGUUUCGAACCGCAAGUAAUGCGCAUUAUAGAUAAUGUGCGUCCAGAUCGACAGACAGUUAUGUUUAGUGCCACAUUCCCACGACAAAUGGAAGCUUUGGCACGUCGUAUUCUAAAGAAACCGAUAGAAGUAAUUGUUGGCGGCCGAUCAAUAGUGUGUAAAGAUGUCGAGCAGCAUGUUGCCAUAAUGGAAGAUGAUGCUAAAUUCUUUAAACUUUUAGAACUGUUAGGUAUAUAUCAGGAAAAGGGUAGUAUUAUAGUUUUUGUGGAUAAACAAGAGAAUGCCGACAUACUUUUGCGCGAUCUAAUGAAAGCUUCGUAUCCUUGUAUGAGUCUGCAUGGAGGUAUUGAUCAGUUCGAUAGAGAUUCGACAAUUUUAGACUUUAAAUCUGGUAAGGUGCGUUUAUUGAUAGCUACGUCUGUAGCUGCUCGCGGUUUAGACGUGAAGGAUUUAAUUUUAGUUGUUAAUUAUGAUGUGCCCAAUCAUUAUGAAGAUUAUGUUCACAGAUGUGGUCGUACAGGGCGGGCUGGGAAAAAGGGCAGUGCAUGGACUUUCCUAACUUACGACCAAGGCCGUUAUGCUGGUGACAUUAUAAGAGCUUUGGAACUUGCCGAGUCUGUAGUACCCGAAGAAUUGCAAAAACUAUGGAAUGAUUAUAAGAAUGCUCAAGAAGCUGAAGGAAAGAAAGUUCAUACUGGCGGCGGUUUUAGUGGCAAAGGUUUUAAAUUCGACGAGCAAGAAGCUAAUGCCGCCAAGGAAAGCAAAAAACUCCAGAAAGCUGCUUUGGGAUUGGCUGAUUCGGAUGAUGAAGAAGAUAUUGAACAAGAUAUUGAUCAACAAAUUGAACAGCUGUUUGCUGCAAAACGUACAGUCAAAGACACUUCCAUACCCACGCCUGCAGUUACUAUGGUUGCCACCCCUACGGCGGGUAGUACGGUCAUUGCUGGCUCCGCUCCAGCAGCUACUGCAUCUACGACAGCCGCUGCUGGAGGUAUGAGCUCUGAUAAGCUUGAAUUGGCCAAACGUCUGGCUUCUAAGAUAAGCUCCAAUAAAAAUUUGGGCAUCGAUGGCAAGAUCAGCACUCAAGUGGCUGCCGAUGCUAUUCUUAAGGGCUCCGCAACUGGACAGCCAAUGAUUACUGCCCGUUCCGUAGUGGAACAGCUAGCUGCCAAACUAAACAACAAACUCAAUUACCAACCCAAAGACGAAGAGGAAAGUGCUACAAUAUCUGGACUUCUUCCAAAUCAACCCAACUCCUUCACAAAAUACGAGGAGGAACUCGAAAUUAAUGAUUUCCCACAACAGGCACGCUGGAAAGUUACUUCUAAGGAAGCUUUAGCUCAAAUAUCCGAAUAUUCGGAAGCUGGUCUUACUGUGCGCGGCACUUAUGUACCAAAUGGUAAAAAUCCACCGGAAGGUGAACGUAAACUUUACUUGGCCAUAGAAAGUUGCAGUGAAUUGGCUGUACAAAAAGCGAAACGUGAAAUUACACGUCUUAUCAAGGAGGAGUUACUAAAACUCAGUUCAGCUCAUCAUGUCUUCAAUAAGGGAAGAUAUAAAGUACUUUAAUUCCUUGUUCUUUUUUUUACAACAAUACAAAAAACAUGUUUUUCUAAGCGUUCUAAUUCUAUUUUUAGUAAUAUAAUGGACUUUAUUUUGUAAGAAUCGUAACGAUUUUAAAGAAAUGAAAUAAAAUGAAAAUUAAACGUG